AUGGGUGAGGUUUUUGAUGGACUUGAGUCUUCAACUUCGGCUGAAGCACAUACAAUUGAGACCAAUGCACCAAUCGAACCAACAAUAGCACCAACGACUCUGUCACCAACAAUAGCACCUACCAAAGCGAAGAACUCGACAUCCGAAUCGGUGACAUUGUCUCGUUGGCCAUCACUAUCACGGAAUAUUGCCGACUCUAAAAAUCGAUUGAUUGUGUUGAUCGCUUCCUGUCCUUAUCUAGAUUUGGUCGACAAUUUGGUGCAAUCCUUAUUGGCCUUGGAGUUACACAAUUAUGUGGUGGUUCCUCUGGACGAGUCGGCUAGAUCAUAUGCGAUUGAACUCCUUGGAGCCGAUCAUGUCGUGGCUGUCCCGCCGUUUGCGCCCAGCUUACCGGCGUUGAAGCAAGCCAAAUUCAACAGUCCGGCCUUUGCCAAGAUUACUUCCGUGAGGCCCCAAGUUUUGCAUGCGUUCUUGGAUCAAGGGUUUACCAUAUUUUACAACGAUGUCGACGUAGUGUGGCGAAAGAAUAUAUUCGAAGUCUUUGAUCCGGCAGGAGAAAAUACCGAGACUAGUGAUGCUGUGGAUAUGGUGGCAAUGGUGGAUAGCCAUCCCGUCGAAGAGGCAUUCAUUUGCAGCUGCUAUCUAUACCUAAAGCCUACCAGCCCAAUGAAGAAUUUUUUGCUGCAUUGGCAGUCGCUAAUGGAUGGCGCUGCCAAGAAGGAGAAAAAGAAGAGAUACAAGAAUGAUCAAGAAGCCAUAUACGACGCGUACCAAGAUAUCACAAAGCCAAAGAACGGGAAGGAAUCAUCAUUGAAGGCAACCCUUUAUCCAAGUGAUAACGAGUUCUUUCCUUCGGGAGCAGUUUACGAUAUAUGGCCAGGAGAAAAGCAGUCGAAUGCAUAUUUGGUUCACAACAACUUUAUCCGUGGGCACAAUUUCAAGAUCAAUCGCUUCCUCAGAUGGAAUCUAUGGAAACCAUCUUCGAAAAUGGAGGAAAUGGACUUGACGUGCAAUGGAAAAGCUUGA